AAGCGAUCGAAAAGGAGCCAGAGUGCUAAACUUUUAACUCUGCCCUUGCCAAAAAAAAAAUUCAAUUCUCUACCUGCUUUACCCACAUCCCCACGCUCGCCAUUGUUGUCACCUAGGUCGCACGCCCGCCGCGGGGCGUUAUUAUGCAGAAGAAGCCACCACUGCCGUUGACGGCAUUCAUUGGCGGCCCCACGCUCAUACCCGCCUCCCAAUCGGCGACCAGUUCGAGCAGCAGCAGCAGCCUUGGCAGUGGAAUGUGCUUCCCCAGCAGUAAAAGUGGUAGUGGCAGUGGUGGUGGCACCAGCGGUGGCGGAAAUAGCGGAGAAAAACAGCGCGAUCGCCAUGGUGGCGGUGGAGGAUUGUGCGGCUGCCACAAAGCGCCCAAGUCACAUUGCAUAUCGGCGACAGGCGUCCUCCUGCUCGUACUACUCUACACCGCUAUGGGCUCCAUUAUUUUCGUCACACUGGAAGGUGAACUAGAGGACACCAGUUCGCUAGAGACGGCAGUGGCGGCGUCGAAAAAAUUUCCACGCACCGAGCUGGCCAACGAGCAAAUAAGAUCGCGUAGCUAUUACACCAACAAAACAGCGCCCCCAACAACAAUAACAACAACUAGCUUACUGUGGGGCGACCCUACUUUGGUCUUCACAGCGACGGCGCAGCAACGUAGCAACCCAAACGAACUCACUUCAACUUGA